AUGCGCGCCGACGCCCGUCUGCGCUGGUUGACUGCGGCAACCCUGGCCACGUUUCUUCUCCUGUGCAUCGCCGUCACCACGUUCUUCAUGUUCGCCGCUUCUGAAGGCUUGGAGGACACAACCCCAGAACCGCCAAGACACCGAAAACAGUGGGUGACCUACUACGACUCCCCGAUACGCGUGACGCCCAAUGUGCUGCUGUGCGCCACCAGCGGCCGCGGAGCCGACAAAUUGGGCGCGGCUCUUGACACCUACUGCACGCACGUCAUCUACACCGGACCGCUGACCAUCGGACGCUCCGAGUCCAGCGGAAAGCUCCACGUGCAGGUCCGAGACCUCGACGGUUACCGCGUCUUCAGCGGGCUGAGCAAGAACCGCGAGCGGUACCUGUCGUUUCGGUGGGGCGCCGGCACCUGGAACGAGGGCGACGUCCUGCAGGCGCUGGUGGCACACCUGCGCUUCGAGAGGCUGCGCGGCGUCGAGCUGGUCAUGACCAGCCACAUGCACAGGACCAGGUUCAUCAGGUUCUGCCAGAGCUUCGUGCACAAGAUGAGGAACAACGAAAGCCUCAUCAUCAAAGUGCAGAGGACGGUGGAGCUCACCAAGGGCCUCUUCGAAAGGCUGGCCAGCAUUCCCUUGUUCCUGGUCCUGGAGACCCAAGUGGUGCAGAUGCCAGAAGUGAAGAGCAAGCGGUACCCCAAUCCGUACCAGCCGUUCACCGGAUCGUACAACAAGGACGUGUACAUGCGGUACCGGCUGUGGAGGGUCCACCCGUGGCGGCGCCAGCUGCGCGUGAACAACGUUUGUUUCACGCUCUCCAUGACGGUGAUCAAGGCGCACAAGGGUCCCACCAGGAACAACAUGCUCGCGUACUCGUACACGGGCCUCAAGGAGGUACGCGAGGAGUACCCCUCUUCUCCCCACUUUUGCUAA